AUGCCACAAAUUCUGCCCCCUGGUGAAGUCAGUGAGCGAGAGGCCUGGAGGCAUAGUCGAUGCGCAAGAUUCGGUACCACGACCAGCAACAGUGUUGAGUCGACGAACAAUGUCCUACUUGUCGCGCGUGACAAAACGCUGUUGGACUGUAUCAUUGAUGUGGAGAGAUACCUCGGAUCAAGAUGGGUCGACUUUAUUGUAUGGAGCUCGUCGUUGAACCAUCUCACAUUGAUUUGCUCAAAAAUGUUUGUCCCCAAGCGACAAAGUGGUGUCGUGGCAAAAAUCAAGAUAUUACCGUCAUACUCGAUAAUGUUUGUUGCAACAGUCUACAAGGACGGCGGGGUACCCGUCGAGUACGCUACCGAUUUCGACAACCGAAUGGCGCCGUGCUCGUGCGGCUAUCUUCAGUACAUGAUGGCUUCAUGCUUCCAUAUCGUUGCUGUAUUUAAGCCAGUCAGCUAA